ACCUCCUUGCAGAUUUAAAUACCAUGGGAACUAGGAGUGGAAGCUGUCCUCCUUUCUUUCAGCGGGAGUGCUCCUCAAGACUCAGCCCCACCCUUAGAAAAGAUGUUUUCCCUGAAGAUCUUUUGCCUGGCCCUGAGUGUGGUGGGCACAGUCUGGACUGGAGAUGUCCAGGAAGGUGAAUUUAUAGCUGAAGGAGGAGGUGUGCGUGGCCCAAGAAUUGUGGAAGGACAUCACUCUGUGUGCAAAGAGACAGACUGGCCCUUCUGCUCUGAUGAAGACUGGAACUACAAAUGCCCUUCUGGCUGCAGGAUGAAAGGGUUAAUCGAUGAAGUCAAUCAAGAUUUUACAAACAGAAUUAAUAAGCUCAAAAAUUCACUAUUUGAUUAUCAGAAGAACAAUAAGGACUCUAGUUCACUGACAGGGAAUGUAAUGGAACUUGUGAGAGGGGAUUUUGCCACCGGUAACAACAAUGAUAAUACAUUUAGCCAAGUGUCAGAAGAUCUGAGAAGCAGAAUUGAGAUCCUGAAGCGCAAAGUCUUGGAACAAGUACAGCAUAUCCAACUUCUGCAGAAAAAUGUCAGGGAUCAACUGAUAGAUAUGAAACGACUGGAGGUGGACAUUGAUAUUAAGAUCCGAUCUUGCCAAGGGUCGUGCAGUAGGGCUUUAGAACGUAGGACAGAUCUAAAGUACUACGAAGAUCAGCAGAAGCAACUUGAACAAGUCAUUGCCAAAGACUUACUUCCCUCUAGAGAUACGCAAUAUUUACCACAGCUGAAAAUGCGCACAGCUCCAGAUACGAUUCCUGUGGAGUACAAGCACCAGCUUCAGAAGGCCCCUGCAGAGUGGAAGGCACUCAUGGAAACGCAGCAGAUGAAAAUAACGUUAGAGAGGACUGGUACAGAUGGGAAUGCCCCAGGAGACUCUGUAUCGCAUGGAACGGGAUCAGUGCCUGAAAGCCCUAGGAAUCCUGGGAGCUCCACACCUGGAAGUUCUGGCACUUGGAACCCUGGGAGCUCCGGACCUGGAAGCUCGGGCGCUUGGAACCCUGGGAGCUCUGGACCUGGGAGCUCGGGCGCUUGGAACCCUGGGAGCUCUGGACCUGGGAGCUCAGGCGCUUGGAACCCCGGGAGCUCCGGACCUGGCAGUGGCAGCACCUGGGACGCCGGCAGCUCUGGAGUUAGCAGUGUGGGUACUUGGAACACGGAGAGUACCAGCUCUUGGAGCUCUGGGAGCACUGGAACUGGCAGUGGUGGCUCUUGGAGCUCUGGAACUCCGCAGCCUGGAAGUUUUAGGCCAGAUAGCUUAGGGCAUGGGGACACCAGGCCUACCAAGCAAGAGUGGGGCAAGUUUGAAGAGGUGUCAGGAAGUGUAUCUCCAGGGACAAAGAAAGAGUACCACACGGGCAAACUGGUCACUUCUAAAGGAGAUAAAGAGCUUCUUAUUGGUAAUGAGAAGGUCACCUCUGGUAGCACGACCACCACUCGUCGUUCAUGCUCUAAAACUGUCACUAAGACAGUUAUAGGUCCUGAUGGUCGCAAAGAAGUGAUCAAAGAAGUGGUAAACUCCGAAGAUGGUUCUGAUUGUGACUUGUCCCAUGCUUUUUCUGGUAGCCUAGGGGAUCUCCAUUCUAGACACCCUGACUUGGCGAGUUUCUUUGAAUCUGCCUCAACUGGAAGCAAAUUUUCGAGUGUACUCCCACCUACCUUAAGAGAGUUUGAAAGUAUGGGCUCGGAAUCUGACAUAUUCACGCACUUAGGGGAACACGAGCUCCCUUCCAGUGGUAAAACUUCAACUCACAGCAAACAGUUGGUAACCACUAGUAAGACUUACAACAGAGGAGACUCCACAUUUGAAAGCAAGAGCUUUAAAGUGGCAGGUGAGGCCGGAAGUGAAGCGGAACACGAAGUCCUCAGAGGAGCAUAUACCACCAAAAGAGGCCAUGCUAGAGCUCGCCCUGCCAGAGACUGUGAUGAUGUCCUCCAAACACAUCCUGCAGGUGCCCAAAGUGGUAUUUUCAAUAUCAAGCUACCCGGAUCCAGUAAGAUUUUUUCUGUUUAUUGUGAUCAAGAGACCAGUUUGGGAGGAUGGCUUUUGAUCCAGCAAAGAAUGGAUGGAUCACUGAAUUUUAACCGGACCUGGCAAGACUACAAGAGAGGUUUCGGCAGUCUGGAUGACAAGGGGGAAGGAGAAUUCUGGCUAGGCAAUGAAUACCUCCACUUACUGACCCUAAGGGGCUCUGUCCUUCGGGUUGAAUUAGAGGACUGGGCUGGGAAUCUGGCUUAUGCAGAAUAUCACUUGAGGGUAGGCUCUGAGGCAGAAGGCUAUCCCCUGCAGGUCUCCUCCUAUGAGGGCACAGCAGGCGAUGCUCUGAUUGAGGGUUCCGUAGAGGAAGGAACAGAGUAUACUUCUCAUGCUGGCAUGCAGUUCAGCACCUAUGACAGGGAUGCAGACCUGUGGGAAGAGAACUGCGCAGAAGUCUACGGAGGAGGUUGGUGGUACAACAGCUGCCAAGCAGCCAAUCUCAAUGGCAUCUACUACCCUGGGGGCUCCUAUGACCCAAGGAACAACAGUCCUUAUGAGAUUGAGAAUGGAGUGGUCUGGGUUCCCUUCAGAGGUGCAGAUUAUUCCCUCAGGGCUGUUCGCAUGAAAAUCAGGCCCCUGGUGACCCACUCGGAGCAGAAGUGAGAGUAAUCUGUUUUCUUUGUUUAGUGAAGUGGAGAAAGAGUAAGGAAGAUAAAGGAGUCAAGAUUCUUUACAAUCUAUUAAAAAAUUCACAGGUGCUAUUUUAUUACCCUUUGUACUGUAUCCAAAUGUAACUGAGACAUUUUACUACUUAAAAAAAUAAAGUUAUAUGAGUUUUUUUAUCCUUAAA